AUGGGUUCCCCCGCCAUGUCUCGCACAGUCAAACGCUUUGCGGUCUUCUGUAUCGUAUUAUUCAUCGUUGUCUACUCGUUUUCUACAACCACAACCACACAAAAUGAAUCCAUGAUUUCGCCCAAAUCGACACAGUACAAUAUCAAUCCUCUCUAUUGGGCACCCACACUAUCCGAAAGGAUUGGAAAAAGCGCUUUUCCCAAGAGCUUCUUCACGACACAAGCAUUAAGAGAAAACGAAUUCAAUCCAGUAUCUGCAGUUAUCCUCAGAGUUACAGAUGACGAUCAAAGCAUAGAGUACGCUGUAAAGAACCUGAUUAAAUAUCCUUUCAUCAGCGAUAUCUACAUUCACAACCUUAUCAAAAAGAGGCCACUGACAGUAGAGAGCCUGAAAUUAGAUCCCAAACUAAGAGACAGUAUCAGUAUAGAGAUAAUGGAAUCAGAUGAAGAUUUAGGCAGCAUGGCUCGAUUCACUACUUGCGCCACUGCCUCUAGAUUAUAUUGUUACUUCCAGGACGAUGCUUAUUUGAACACUUACAUGGAUACCUUAUAUACCAACUUUUUGCGAUUCCCUACUCUGAUUCACGCCAAUGCAAAACCAUCGCACUACGAGACCCAAAUGAAAUGGAGAUUUAGCAACAAGGAGCUGAAACUGCAUACAGGGUAUGCUGAUUUCAGAUAUGGCGCUUUUGUGCCCCGAUGGAAGGUGCAAAGUUUCUUGACUCAAUUGGGCAAAUCUGGCCUCAUAAAGGAUAGCAUUCGCCAAGCUGAAUACUAUUUUGCCAUCUGGAUGAACCAAUACCCUUGGUUACUCAGCAAUCCUCCUCAUACUGCCAAAGGUGACAAGGCUACAGACAGGGAUAUUGCGUAUCCAGAAACUUUGGAUAGCUAUACAUAUGAUGCCAUCCGCCAUUUGCAAAGAUCGUUGACUUUGGAUCAAUCAGAAGCACCACAAGACUAUUUUGAGAGGCAAGAGGAGGAGCCAUCUCUGGAGCAUCGUGAUGUCCGUUCUUCUUGCGCCAAUGAUCGAUGUCUGUUCAUGACCAACAUGGAUCCUUUUGUCCAGCCCUCGCAAGUAACAUUCGACUAUCAAAAUAUCACCUCUAUUCCCAAAUUAGAGAAUAUUUAUGAAAGCAUGUCUAUUGUCUCGCCUGCAGUGGAGUGGGAUGAGCACUCGUAUCAUAGAGUAGUUGACAAUGAUCCCAACACUUGCUGGAACACCAUCAAAAAUCCAAAGCAGGGCGAUUAUUUUGGUUUGAUUUUGGUGGGCACAUCAAAGACCUCCAACCUCGUUAUCCACACACCACAAGUAAUGAACCAUCCCGAAAAACAGCUGUCCAUCUCAGUCUUGGAAAGUGGUGAUAGCUGGAUCAAAUGUAAGGCCGUCGAUAAAUCUACACCGGAGAGCAACCGCAUCACGCUUGGUAUCAGCUGCCCCAAUAUCAAGCUAUUCAGAGCCAUCAAAAUCAUGUUUAGAAAGGAUCAGAGCGAGCCUUUUGAAAUCUGUGGUCUUUCCAUUGAUAGUUUGUCUGUAUGA